AUGGCAGCGAAAGGUGAGGCUAUCUACUGUUUUCUUAUCUUAGCUUCAGCUGUGCUGUGUUGCCAAACGUUUACAAUCCUUCCAUCGAAUACCAACGACUCCAAUGCUAACCUCACUGGCUACAGGCACUGUUCGAACCGCACCGAUGGCAACAUUGAACUCUGCUCCUGCAGGGACAUUUGUUUCCUCUACGGCGAUUGCUGUGUAGACUUUGUGAAUAGGAAUAAUUCACAUACAUUUUCGAACUUGAAGGCCCGAGUCGCUGAUCACGCCCAGUGCAUGGCGAUUGAGAACCAAGAGGAAAAUACCCCAUGGUACUUCAUCAACAGUUGCCCGCACAGUUGGAAUAGUUCUAUUCAAACGAAAACGCAAUGCGAACAUGUCCCAGCCUACCGAGGAGGACCGGAGACGGACCAGAUGCAGUACAUCCCGGUUAUUGGAAACAGCACCGGUUUGCUAUACAGAAACAUCUACUGUAGUAUCUGUCACGGUGAAAAGGACGUGGUCUACUGGACAGUGCAGUUCACGUGCCAGGACCCUCACGCCUCCGGACAGGUACUGAGUAUAACAGCCCUGCACGCGGGUCCGGUGAAAGCGGAAGAAAAGCUAUCAGAAACACUUGAGAAAUGCCGGCCUGUGUACAGUCGUCCUCCAAAUGUCACCAUGAACUCCAAACACUGUGUUCCAUAUAUCGGAAAGUGCUGCGAGCAUGCCUCCGAGUAUCGCGCUCAAUGCGAAACCACGCCAUAUGUGUCUUUAGUAUACAGUAGAGAAACUGGGGAAGUCUUCAAAGACAUGGCAUGCGCCAGAUGUAACGGGCAAGGAGACGGAAACAUUACUUCCAUCCCUGCCCUCGUACCAAGCACGACCACCGAAGCCAAAGUUUUUGGCGCUAACGUCUAUUCCUUCUCAAUCCUCUUCGAUCCUAACGCUAUGCGGUUUGUAAAGAAAGGGAGCACAGAGAAAGUGUUCGACUUCGCUAACUGCCUUCCAGGACAGGUGUUUGACGUGGUCACCGAGACGUGCAGACAGCUGAUAUGCGCCGACGGCCACUAUGUGGACACACAGGGUAAAUGUGUAAAGAAAGAUCAAUCUGGGGUAACUGCAGAUACAGUGGACUCCUUCGGUUUCGUGAUGCAAGUUUCUGAGGUUCAGAUUUCGAACUUGACAGAUAAACUAAAAAACGAGUCAGUGACUGAAAUAUAUCGCAACGUUUCUAAUUGCUACAACCACACAGAUUUUACGAUUAUGGCCGAUGGUUCUGUCUAUUUAAACAAAACGGAUGAGGUAAUCCCAAGGGGCAGGUUCAAUCUUCUAGAAGACAACACUGUAGAGCUGUGCUGGGAACGUUCCGUUCGGUACCCCGCCCUCAGCGACAUGGACCGAAGAAUGGUGUUCUCGUUUUCCAAGCCUCAACAAAUACUCUCUGAAAUCGGUAGCAUCAUGUCCCUCGUUUGUCUUGCCGCACUUCUGGCUGUCUAUAUCACCCUGCCUACUCUCCGGAACGUCCCAGGCAAACUUCUGAUGAACCUUUCAGGAGCUCUCUUCACGGCGCAGCUUCUGUUCCUCUUGGGCCCGGCCGCUGGUGGUGUGAACGCUCUUUGCACACUGGUGGCUGUGGGGAUGCACUACGCCUUUUUGGUGGCGUUCUUCUGGAUGAACGUCAUGUCUUUUGAUGUGUACCGCACCUUUUCGCGGCCCACCAUCCAAGCCGUGUCAAACGCGCGUUAUCCACGGUAUGUCUUUUAUGCGUGGUCGGCGCCACUCCCCAUAGUCCUGACAGCGUUCACUUUGGACUUUCUGCCUGUGCCAGAAGACUUCCAACCCGGGUUCGGCGACCAUGAUAUAUGUUGGAUAACUCAAAGGUUGGGGCUCAUAAUCUACUUUGUGGCCCCAGUGGGGUUGCUCCUGAUUGCAAAUGCGGUGUUUUUCAGCAUGGCCGUGCAGAACAUCCUUCGGGCUACCAAAGCCGCAAGCAUGGCCAGCAUGGUUGAAAAGUCGACGAACAAGCGCUGCUUGUUGCUGUACGCAAAGCUGUCCACCAUUGUGGGGAUAACGUGGGUAAUGGCCUUCAUUGCCAUGGCAACGAAGCUUAGAGAACUCUGGUAUGUGUUUAUAAUCUUGAACACACUUCAAGGUGUCUUCAUCUUCGUUGCGUUUGUCUGCACCAGAAGAGUCUGGAGGCUUCUCAGAAAGCGAAUUGCCAUAUUUAUGAAUAAGCACGAGACGCCAGAAACUGUGUCAAAGGAUUCGCGGAGCAGUAGACCAUCAAGUUUUCGGUGUAAUAAGGGAGGCAUUGAGAGAGAAAAGACAACGGAGACCAAUUACAUAUAACAGUGUUAAUGCCACCAAUUUGACGUUGAACGUUUUAUCGAUACUUUAAUUUUUGAAAUUAACGAUCAUGUUAUUAAUACAUUCAUGAAG